ACGACUUUCAAGAGGAUUGCGCGAAUUAUGAAACUGACACUUUGGUUUAUUGAACUUUUUUCUAGGCUAAGGCGAAUCCAUAUCGACCAAGACCUCGAAAAAAGUCACAUUUGAAGGGGAUACCAAACCAGGACGUUUUCGUCCUUAUGAAAAGAUGUCUGCUGCAGCCACCCAGUUUGUUCUGUAUAGCAAUGAUGCAGUGGAAGUGAUGUACACAGAUGGCUGUAAGCUCCAGAUGUCUCCCUGUGGAAGUGCCUUUGUACAUGAUCAACCACCUGGCCAUGGGCAACAUACACUGCAUGGUAUAAGAAGAAUCCAGCAACGCUGUAUAUAUGUGACCAGUGAAUUCAGGGAGAAAGUACUGGCAGCUUUGGAAUUCAGGAACAGAUUUGCUGAGAGGCCUUAUUUAUGCAGAGAACUCAUUGCCAGAGAGAACAUACUGAGCCUGCAUGCAGACAUUGUGGAGGUGUCCUGGUCAUCCACUAUAGAGUCAAUACAGUGGACAUUACUGGACAGUGGGUCUGUGAAAGUGAUCGCUGAUGAAGAGUUUUCACACCUGGUCCUGUCUUCUCAUGGUCAAGAUUUCACUGUCCACUUCUUGGCAAAACUCAGCCAGAAACGACCAAGACAGCUCACAGAAAGUCUGGAAAUGUCUAGAAGUCUACUCCAAGAUGGCUACAAAGCUGAUAAUAAGGAUGGUCACCAAGGCAACAAUAGGGCGCCAUCUAGGGUGGAAUACAUGACGGCUUCUCCAGAACUGAAUAAAAGAAGCAUAUCUGUAAUGGAUGAGCCUGACGGUAAUGAUACUCUUGCACAUGGAGAGGCUGGAAAAUCCAAAUGGGACUAUGUGUGGAUGAGUCAGCAUUUUUCAUUGAAAAAUUACCCAGAAUGCUGGAGACAGCCUCUCAAGCUGGCUGAACAAAUCUGGCACAGAAGUCUGAAAAAAGAUGACGAUUCUCGGGAAGGUGCACAUUCUAGUGGAGAGAGUGACGGUGACAUUCAUAAUGAUAAUUGCACAUGUCAACUAAUGAAGGAUAGUGCAGAUGCAGACAUCACACAGAAAGGUUGCAAAUUUGGAAAGAAGUCAUUGGGCAGUGGGGAAAAAGUCAACUACAAGGCAAAUAUGUGUAGCUGUAGAAGUCAAAAUCGAUCUUGGCUUGAAUCACAAUAUGUGUAUAAAUUAAAGUCUUCCUUGCCUCACUCUCUCCCCUCAAACUGUUCUGCUCUCCACUUACACAAAUGGAAGGCAGCAGACGCCCCACUGGUUAACCUUGACCUUGGGGCUUUCUGGAGCAAGGUCAAGGUUGCUUGCAUAGGAGGAGUUGUUUACAGAUGUUUGUACUCCCCCUCCCCCUGUAUUGAGAUCUAUCCAGGGGACGGGUCACUACUCAGGUCCCAGGGAGCAGCAGGAGUUUUCUUUACACAGUAUAUUUACAAGGAGGGAAAGGUUGAAGAACGAGUUCAUUCAGUGAAGACUCCCCCACCUGACACAGCCUUUGCCAGGUACUCUGUGAGAAGACUGAUCAGAGCAGGGGCCCAGCUGCUGAACUCUGUGCUGCAGGACUCUCUGUCUCUUAGUGGAGGACAGGAAAACUGCUGCUGGAAGGAAACUCCAAAGAUGGAUAAAAUCUAUGAACCAUUAUCCACUGUCCUCCUUGAAGAAGCUCAGGUUGAUGGGAUAGGACGUUUCUUGGCUUACUCUGACGGUAGAAUCAGGAUAACCUUUACAGAUAGAACAUGCCUCAAUAUGUUGUGUGAUUUCAGCAGGCGCGUCAAUGUCUGUAAGAAACACAGCCCAGAUAAAGUUGGCCAGAUGGUUGAGCCCUCCAGACAUCCUUCAGCCUCACUGAUGUACAGGGGCAGACCCUCCGAGCUCGUCCCUGGUCUGUGUCGACUACUACUGCCAUCUGGUGUCUAUAAAACUGUUCCUGCUGCGCAACCUGGCAACUAUGCUAAGUAUGUGAGAGUGGCUGAAGAGUGGGCCGAGUGGGUAAAUACGUUGCCUGGUGAACGCCAAGAUUUCUACAAAGACACAGUCUAUGAUCCAGUGAAACAAAGGUCCAUCCAGUCAGAGUUGAAGAAAAUUCAGUGUUUCAAUUAUAUCCUUGAAAAUAGCCAUCCAUUUACCCAUUUGAAAAUUGACAACCAAGGCAGACGACACCCAGAAAGUCAGGUGACAAGUCAUGUGACCAGUCAUGUGACUGUAUCGGGGCAGCAAGAGAACUGGUCUGGUGGUGGCUCCUUGACAAAGCAUAUGGAUAUGGAGACUUCUGUAAGAAUGGCUCUGCAGAGAUCAAAACAAGCAUUGCAAGAUAUAGAUAAUAUACUUGCUUCCAAGCCUAAGAUACUACAUUAGUAGGCGGAGCAUGAAAAUUAAAUCCAUUUGUCAAAAUAGCAGAUUCACAAAUAUUAAAUUCUAGUUCAUAUGCUAAGCUGACUGUCUUAUAAUGGCAUCAUUGAUUAUUUACUUCAGCAUUUUUGGUGUAAAUUUAUUGACACAUUAAGAUAAAAUUUGUGCAAAUUAUUCCUUUAUUUUAAAUUAAGAUGUUUGAAAUAACUGACCAGUUUUAAUUGGUUAAAACCCAAGUACAGUUUUUGCAAAAAUGCCUUGUGCCCAACGUCAUAAUAGCAGAAAGAGACUUUGUAGGAUUAAUCAGAAAUAAAACAUUAUUUUAUCAUUUUGUUGAUUUUUAUUAAUCAUGACUUUUUUUUUGCUAUAAUUUUUAAUGCAAAAUGCUUCAUGUGUUGAUUAUCUACAAAAUAAAUUCAUAAUAUAUUCAUUAUAAAGGAUAACAUUUUUAAGCAAAUGCAAGUUGGAGAGAAUUUCAAAACGGGAUGAGCACAUAAUGAGGAAUAAGAAAAGCCGUGUCGUACAUAAGCAUAUUUUUAGAUCUGCUGAAACUGAGUUGUACACCUUUAUAAACAGCAAGAAAAUCCAGAAUUGAUAAAGCUGUGCGUUUAUUACAAUGCUGCAGUGUACAUCUUGUAAUAGUUGAAUCUGCUGUAAUAUUAUCAUGAUCAAAGCUAUUGCUUUAUACUGACACAUUCAAACUGGUUCUUUAUUAGCAUUUUCCACCAACUGUUAUGUUGGUAAAACGAAAUGUCAAUGAUUAGAAUGUAUAAAAUCAAUCCAACUUUUAUCAAUUCAUAUGCUGUUUCAUGGAAAUCGUUCUUGAAAAACUAUUUGUACAGCAUCAAAACAUUUUAAAAAUCACAUUUAACAAAUAUAAUACAUGAAAUGUCAUAGUAUCAUAUCACCAAUUACAACAAUAGCAUACAAAUAUAGCAUACUAUAAUAGUAUUUGAGCCUAGAAAUAUACUGAGGCAAGCAUAGCAAACUCGAAUGGAUAUGCAUUUGCUGUAUAUUGUACCUGCCAACUAAUAUUUCCAUUAGACAAUUUUCACAUAAAAUCAGAAAAUUUAAAUCACAUCAACACACACAGUCUUGAUGUGUGAAUAAAAGCCAAACUUUCUGAUUGUUGAAAAUUUGGUAAGCAAACAUCAUCCAAAUGAUAUUUAGGAAGCAGAAUUAGAUAUAACAUGCCCAAGAUAGAAAAAAAUAGUUUACAAAAUGAUGCCUUGAAGGGCAUUUUAACAAAUUGCUCAGUAUAUAAUAUCAGUGUUUGUUUAUUUAUACUCUAGACAAUUCAAAUACAUAUAAUAAUAGUAAUGAUGACUAUAAUAACAAUAAUAAUUGCCUGGUGUCCCCUUUAAGUUCUCCAAUCAGAUAUAAUAAACUGAAUCCAACUUCCUAUAAACAAUCUCUUAAACUGCAGUGCAUUCCCAACAAAAACUCUACAACUGACAAUAUCCCCCACUU